AUGACGGAAAAGAAAAGAGCAGAAAGUUUGCCACUCGAAUUCAAACUUGUCUCGGCUGAUGACGUGCCCCUGACCUAUGCCAUUGAAAUCCAAGAAUACCCCGAGUCCGAGGCAGCCAGUCUCAAGAACCUGAUCUUUCGACAGAACGCCGCUCCGGAACUCUUUCUCGGCUGUUAUCUCCGCAAGGACGACAACCAAGACUCACCCUCCUCCUUUCACCCCAGCUCUAACUCCACCAACACGCCGUUGGAGUUGGUCGGAUACAUUGUCUCGACUUUGGUGAGCGGAGACCAUCUGACUCAUAGCUCCAUGUCCUCGCAUGACCCUUCUGGCGAUGCCGUCUGCAUCCACUCGGUCUGUGUCUCAAGCGCCUUCCAGCGCCGCGGAAUCGCCACACGGUUGUUGAGAGAGUAUCUGCAGCAUCUUCAAGGACUCAAUAACAAUGCGCAUGGAUCGAAGAGGCUGAAGAGGGUGUUGUUGAUUGCCCACGAACACACGACCGGUCUCUAUGCAGGUGUAGGAUUCGUGCUCAUCGGAAAGAGUUCCGUCGAGCAUGGCCCAGAUCCAUGGUUUGAAAUGGUUUACACCCUCGAACAUUAG